AUAACUGUGUUGUAUGUUUUGCGGCAGUGCGGUGCUGUCGUCGUACUUCCUGACAGAGCGGCUGAAUCUCCAUGGGAAGCUGGGCUGUCUGCUCAGCAUCCUGGGCUCCACUACCAUGGUGAUCCACGCCCCUCAGGAGGAAGACAUCAGCAGCCUGGACCACAUGGCCAGGAAACUGGUGGACCCAGGUCAGUACCGGACAGCCCAGAACCCCUCCUCGGUUACAGGAGCUUCUGUGUCUGAAAACGUGACUAGCUGCUUCUUCAAUUCCUCUUAAAGCUCUUCGGAGGAGGUGGUCCGAGACUGGGACUGGGUACUGGGUACUGGGGACUGGGACUGGGUACUGGGACUGGGGACUGGGUACUGGGACUGGGUACUGGGUACUGGGACUGGGGACUGGGUACUGGGACUGGGGACGGGUACUGGGACUGGGUACUGGGAAUGGGUACUGGGUACUGGGACUUGGGACUGGGACUGGGGACUGGGGACUGGGACUGGGUACUGGGUACUGUCCUCUCAGGCGCUUUGAUUAGUCACUUUUUCAGACACAGCCAAGGUCACUUCAUUCUUCCGUUUUAAUUUUCUGUCAGCUAAGCCAACCUCUGUCUCCUCUUCCUCAGGUUUCCUGGUGUUUGCCACCUUCGUCAUCAUCGUAGCGCUCAUCUUCAUCUUGGUGGUGGGCCCUCGGCACGGCCAGACCAACAUCAUGGUGUAUAUAACCAUCUGCUCUGUGAUAGGAGCUCUGUCUGUGUCGUGUGUGAAGGGGUUGGGCAUCGCCAUCAAAGAGGCCAUAGCUGGGAGGCCCGUGGUGGGGAACCCUUUAGCCUGGGUGUUACUGCUAGGGCUGGUGGCCUGCGUCUCCACCCAGAUCAACUACCUGAACAAGGCUCUGGAUAUCUUCAACACCUCCCUGGUCACGCCCAUCUACUACGUGUUCUUCACCACCUCGGUCCUCUCCUGCUCUGCGAUCCUUUUCAAGGAGUGGGAGCACAUGGCUAGUGCUGACGUCAUCGGGACUCUGAGUGGCUUCCUGACCAUUAUAGUUGGUAUCUUUCUGCUCCAUGCCUUCAAGGACCUCAGUGUGAGCCUGUCCACGCUGGCUGUGUCCAUCAGGAAGGACGAGAGGCCCGGGCCGGCAGCUAACGGAGUGGCAACACACGGCACCUACGAACUGCUGCACAAUGACUUCACAGAGAUGGACCUGGAGGAGAGGGAGGUCGGCCUGCCGUUUGACAGCCUGUCCAGGAGGAAUGGAGCGAUGACAGCCUCUUAGAGGAACUAGCUAGCUGCCUGGCCCUGGGCCACUGACUGACUAGGGUUGCGUCCCAAAUGGCACCCUUUUCCCUUUAUAUUGCAAUACCUUGGUCAAAAGUAGUGCACUAUAUAGAGAAGAGGGUACUAUUUGGGAUACAGCUUAAGACCGCACUACCAUUACACUGGUGUGGAUGUUUUUGUUGCGUUUUUGUUGUGGAAACCUUAA